UCGGGUUUCUGCUAGGGAUAGCUGUAAUAUGAUUAGGAGUUAGGUAUAUGGGUUUCAACUUAGGCUAGCAGUAAUGCGAUGUCUCAGAAUUCAAGUUAUAAUAUAAAGUGUUAUUGAGCGGCAGAGAUGGACGUAGGGAAUCGCUCCCGUCGUGAGAAAUGCUGCUGUAUGCAAGUAGAGAAGACAUGUUAUAUUUUUGCCAUAAUUAAUGUGGUAAUCGUCAGCCUCUCUGCCUUGGCCUGCCUCUCCACAGAGGCGUUGAUCGUGACCAGAGUAGCCAUCAGCUUCAUUCAGUACAACUUCUCUCAGUUCUUGCCCACGUGGAUCGUUAUAUUUCCCAUUUACGCCGUUGCCUGUUUUCUGACGGUUACUUCUGGAGUAUUCGCAGUGUUAUUGCUCCAAGGAAUUCGUUUGAAAAUGCCUAAACUGGUGUUGGCGUAUCUGUUCUUCGGCUUGAUAGUGGAAACAGUAAUGAUAUCUGCCACUAUUAUCGCCAUAGCUUUUAUCACGGUUGCAAGAAUCCCUGGAGAAAAUUAUGACCUUGUAAAUGGCGGUAUAGCCCUGGCUUUUGUUAUAUGUGCGGUAUAUGGAUAUAUCCUGUGGCUGGUGCGGAAGACUUAUAUUAUACUUUUAUCAAGAAAUCAGAAUGGCAUAUUGAAUGACCAGACUAUGCUGUAUAUCUGUAAAGAUAUCUAUCUUAAAAAAUAGGACAUUUUCUAUGAAAAGGGACCUUAUUGUCAAUGGCGCUUACGCCGCACAGCGUCGCGCGGCAUUGUAUUUAUAUCGGAGCAUCGUUUAUAAUGGCGUAAGCUCCAUCGACUAUAAGGUCCCUUUUUAUAGAAAAUAUCACAAAUGUUAUUUUAUGUACGUUUGCAAAGUGGAUUGCAUUUGUACUAUAAGUACCUAUGAGUAGGGCAUCUAUAAUAAUAAUCAUAAUAAACUGAAAUAAAUAUCAUAUACGAAGGAAAAAAUAGUAGUGUGUCUACUUGAAAAACCACAAAUUAAAAUAUUUUCAUAGAAAAUAAUUUAAUUUGUUCUUAGAGUAAUAAUCAUAAUCUUUAUUGUCUAUUAUUUGUAAAGUAUUCUUGCCAUGAUAUA